GAAUGAGCACCCUGUUCAAGCGCAGUCUCUUAUGGUACCUGCGCGCCUGCACGUGAUCCUUAUGCGACUCUUUGUUGAGUGUCAAUCGAAUGCGGCCGAAACGGCUCGCCGCUACGACGCUACCAAAUACACCACGAGACCGCUUAAUGUACGGUACGUACGUCCACUGGUUAAGAAAUCUGAUAAAACUGGGAGCGUGUGCGACGCAAAACGAACCGGGCGGCCUCAUAUAGCCACGGAUGACGUGUCUGCCUGCGCUGUUGUAGAUGAGCUGCUGGCCGAAGACUUAUUGAAUACCCUUUGGUGUCAGCAGGAUGGUGCGCCUGCUCAUUAUGCACCAACGGUACGUGAUUAUCUUAACGAAACUUUUGCUACUCAUUGUGGAGGACCUAUGGAUUGGCUCGCACGGUCAACGGAUUGGAAACCCCGACGAACACUGCUCUACAAGAGAAACGACGGUGGUCAUUUUGAACAUCUACUUCGUCG